GGUUGAGAACCGCUGCACUCAAUCAAUGAAACAAAAGAUCCAGGCCCUGACAUGAGUACUGACUGCCCCUGACAGUUUAGGGGGCUUUCCCCCAACCUUUCUUUCAUCAGGUAGAGGGUGGGGAGCCCUGAGGGGGAUGCCAUGAUAAGGAAACAAAGUCCCUGCACCCUGCAGUUUAUAUUUAACACAUCAGGUGAACAGGCUGGUUCUGACAUCUCGGUGAUUGCAGGAGUUCUGAAGUGGCAGAGGGCAGGCCACAGGGGGUGGAGGGGAGCAGUGGCUAAGCAGACUAGGGGCAGGCGGAGACAGCACCAGGAGCAAGGCUUGGAGAUGGAGGGGGGCGGGGCAACACCUCACUGACAUGGAUGACCUUGGGAAAGUCACUUCCCUUCUCUGGUUCAGCUUCUUCUUUUGUGAGAGACGUGGGAACCCGACGGUCGCCCAGCCCUACAAGCCACUCUGCCUAUACAGACUGAAAAUGGUGUUUGGUAUAUGCAGCCAGAAGGAGAGGCUCUACAGGGCCCUGUACGUAAUGCAGAUCUUCAUUCUUGCAGGAAUGGUAUACUAUUAUUUCCAGGAGUCUGUGGGGAAAACAGCUCCCGACCACGCGAUUGCUGGGGAAUCAUCACCGCCCAUAGGAGAGACCUUAAGGCCGCUGUGGGGGCUGAUGGAUAAGUGCUACCCCGCGGCCAUUCAGAGACGCAGAGUCAGGAAUGGGAAGACGCAGGCCUCCAAGGCCACAGCCCCUGAGACUCCGGGAGGACUGAAUGAUGCUGCCCCCAAGGAGACGGACAUCCUGUCUCAGGGGGAGAAAGACCGGGAGGGGGAGGGGAGGGUCCCAGGCCAGGGAGCAGCCAGCCCCACUCCUGCUGGGAAGGAAGUGGCUGAGGAGAAGGAGGUGGCAGGGAGCCCAGGCUGGGAGGGAGAUAAGAAGGUCCCAAAGGAGCUGCCUCUACCUCCUUCUGGGGCCUCUGGGGUGCAGAGCCAGGAGGAAAGGCCCGGCGAGUGGGCCCCCAAGCUCCUGAGGAAGCUCUGGCUGGGCUGGUUCCCGGUCUCUGACAGCCCUGACACUCAGGAGCACAAGUGACAAUCCAAUAAACGCACAGGUGAUGCCGCUGUGGCCCUGCUGCCUCCUCGCAGGCCUCCCACCCUGCAGACCCAGUGUGGCCCGCGUACACUGUCCCAGCAAGCACCACGCCUGACUUGGUAGUGGGUACUCUGGGGAGGCCGAAGGGGCCCUGCUGACCCGGGCUCCAUGUCAAGGGACAGGCCAAGCUCCCUGCAUGCAGGGAGCGGGGUAGCUUGUCAUGAGGGCAUCUAGAGGACACUGGUGGAACCCGUCAGGGGUGCCGUGAGGCUGUUGCGUUGGGGGGCUUCUUCCCUGAGCAUCUGGGGUCCCUAAGCUGUUCACUAAAUGCACAAGGGUCCUCCCAGGAACCGAGUAAGCCAUCAUUGGAAGCCUCCGUCCAGGCCCCAUCUGGGAGUGGACACAGGUGAUGGGUGGCAGGCAAAUGUCACAGCCACGGCAUCAGCGCAGGAAGUUGGGACCCAGCGGCCAUCUGGUGCACUCUCCUCAGUGGCUGCAGGGAAAUAGAAGCCAGGCCCACACAGUGGUGUGACAACAAGGACUAGAGUCAGGCUGUCAUCCUCCAAGGUCCCUCUGUGGCCUCCUUUCCUGUGGCCACCCCAUUGUGGCAGGGGUCACAGUUGGACCCCUGUCCCUGCGACAUGUCUGCCGCCCAGAGGAGCCCAGUUCUUGCCCCCAGCCCAGCCUCCUGUGCGCCCUGCCUGGCCUGGCCACUCCGAGGACUGUGCCCGGGGUUGGAGCCCACAUGAGUCUCUCCAGGGGCAGCCGGCCCAGGAGACAGCUCUUUCCAGCAGCAGCUGGGCCAGGAGCAGACCUGAGGGGCCAGGGAAUGCGGCUCAUUCAAUGUUGGGGUGACGCGGAGGCCCAGGGAGGGGGGGCUGCCAUUAGGGUUCCCAGGGCGAGCUCUGCACCCCAUUACUGAGCCUGGGUGUUAACCUGGCACAUCACUUCCCAGCCUUCCUGAGUUCCCCACCUUUUGGGGUGUCAGUGGGGGAGCAGACUUGCUGGUGUUGGCUGAGCUGCUGCCUGUGGUGCAGGGCGGGUGCUGCUGGGCCUGAGAGUCAGCAUCAGGCUGAGCGAGGCCUCCCUUUCCCACGGGGCCAGCAGGGGCUGGGACCUGUGCAGAGACUGGGACCCACGCAAGCAGCCAGUAUUGGGCUCCACAGGCGACUGGGGUCAGCUCUCAUUUUCUGAGCCUCAGUAUAACCGCCUCUCAAACGGGCCCAAAUGCGAGGUGAGGAGGGA